ACCCGGCCAAGGGAGAAUUGUCUGUCGUCUGUCGAGCUGAUUAUUACUUUAAUACGAAUCAGACCGCCAUCAUCCUGCAUCAUGGUGUUCACUAUUCUGGGGUUUACCGUUUCAUGGCCUUUGGUUGGUACAUUAGUAGCCAUCAUUGUUGGGUAUGAAAUUUGGCAUAUGACAUAUUUCAAACGGAAAGGAGUCAAGGGGCCGAUUCCUUUUCCUGUUGUGGGCCACUCGAUUGAUUUGUUUCAAGGAAUUCAUUGGAAGAGUCAAGAAUAUGUCAGAAAGUAUGGAAAUGUCUUUGGCAUGUUCAUGUUUUCGUCGCCUGUGUUCUUCAUAAGUGACCUUGACAUGGUGAAGGAUAUCGCAGUCAAGAGCUUCAGCAAAUUCAUGAACCACAAGACAUUUGUGUUGAAGUCUCGGCCAUUUGACAAGGCAUUAAUAGGCCUAAAAGAUCAGCACUGGAAGGAUGUGAGAAAUGUCAUUACACCAACCUUCAGCGCAGUCAAGAUGAAACAGCUGUCGGGAUUACUCAAUGAAUCCAGUGACACUUUGGUGAAAAACUUUGGAGCGAUUCAGGAGAAGGAGGGCAACGUGAAAGUAUUUAGUUUAUUUGAAGCUUUCACAAUGGAUGGAAUUGCCAAGUGUGCAUUUGGAAUACAAGUAGAUUCACAGAACGACCCCAGUGAUCCGUUUGUCACCCAUGCUAAGGACUUGAUGAAGAACAGGUUCGCUUUGAAGUUUGUGAUUGCUGGAAUAUUCCCUAGAAUUGGCAAAAUAAUGGAUUACUUUGAAGUCAGCACAUUGCCACCUGAAGUUUCGAGCUUUUUCAUAUCUGUGGUUGAUCAAGCUAUUGCUGCUCGCAAGGAGAGUGGGGGCUCAAAGAUGAAAGACUUCCUUCAGCUCAUGUUGAAUGCAGCGCAGGAGAACAAAUCAGAGAAGGAGAUGAUAGAAGAGAAACCGCAGGACGAGAAAGUAGAAGGUGAUCUCUAUGCUUUGAUUGAAGACCAGGACAACAAAAGUUACUUUGAUUUGAAGAAGAGUAAGAAGACAACUCUGACAAAGGAUGAGAUAUACGGACAGGCUAUGCUCUUCUUUCUGGCUGGGUAUGACACUAUCAACACAACGCUUGGUUUCCUGACCUAUUCCCUGGCUACUAAUCCUGAGGUUCAAGACAAACUCAUUGAAGAAAUUGAUAACGAAACCCCGGCUAGAGACGACGUUGGCUAUAACUCCGUUGCAAAGAUGUCCUAUCUGGACAACGUUGUUUGUGAGAUUCUUCGGCUCUAUCCUGCAGGCCUUAUAAUUGAACGACAGUGUAAUGAAACCCAUGUCUGCAAUGGCCUCACCAUCCCUAAAGAUAGUCAAAUCUUUUUCCCUGUCUAUGCCAUCCAUCGUGACCCUGCAAUCUGGCCCGAUCCAGAGAAGUUUGACCCGGAAAGGUUCACUAAGGAGAAUCGGGAGGGGCGUCACCCUUUGGCCUGGAUGCCAUUCGGUGCUGGUCCUAGGAACUGCAUCGGGAUGAGGUUUGCUCUGAUGGAGAUCAAGAUGGCCACCGUUCGUCUUCUCCAGAAAUACCGCUUUGAGACCUGCCCAGAGACUCAGUACUCAACAGAUAUGCAACAGGCUGAAUCCAGUUACUAGAGGAACUGAUUGCAUCAAAGAGAUCCCUCAGGAAAUGGUUAUUGAAACCGAAGUACACAACGCCAGGAAUCCAACAGACAUAGAAAGCAGCUUGGAGAAGCAACACAGUCACAACCCCUUUGAACCUUCGUGCGGAUCUCCGUGGACGUGGAUGUGGCCUUCGUCCGAUCAUGACAGUGUCGAUUCUCUUGGUCAGGUUGGUUUCCUCGUUGUUGGAUCUCUGCUGAUGUGUCGUUUUGGCUUUCGAGGCGUGGCAUGGGGCUGAAGACAUCGCAGCAAUGGCUCUGGAUUGCUUCAGCACGAUUCUCAGCAAGCCGACGUUUGUCCAUGUCGUAAUUCCGAAGGCGACGGCUAUCGGGACGCUGAUGAAACAAGCGUUGAAGGAAUCAACCCAAUUGCUCGUUAUGAAUUUUUUGUCGCCGGUGCAUUCCGCAAUGAAUUUCUUCGAAAAGGGUAAGCCGGGAAGUGGGAGGUAUAUCAUACAAACCAACGAGAUUGUUACAAGUCCGAUAACGAUCCAUUUUUUGGUCUUGUCCAGCGAAGCCAUCGUGGCAUACCUUAAGGGGUGGCUGAUGAGAAGAUACUUGUUCAUACACAACCCAGAUAUAGACGCCAUGUUGCUGAAAAGCAAGACAUAGUAGAAGAAAGGAAGGGUGGAAUUGAUCACGGUGCAAAUUAUGACGUCGCCUUUUGAAGCCUUCCAUGUGAGAGACCAAAUGCCGCCGAUUACAGAUUGGAUCAAGUCAAGAAGAGCAUGUACUUGGUAAACUAAUGCCACUUCUUCAGGCAUGGAAACUUGCUUUGAUAUCACCACAACGGCGAUUACAUUCAAGGUAACAGAGAUUACUAUAUUUAAAGAGAAAAAAAUGAAAGUAAAAAGACUUCCAUCAAAAGGUUCUGUUCCGUUGUCAUCACGUGUUACGUUUUCCAUAAUGCCUGAAUGUCAUCAUAACAACGAUUAUGAAAGCUGUUUACCAGUAUCCCGCUUGUGUCCUUGUCGUUGAAUUUGAUGGUGAAAAUUCGAGUUUCAUCGCUUCUGUCGGCCAAAUUAAAUAUCACCGUCAUUGCCGACCGAAAGACGAGAAAACGUCCGACUGAAACAUACCCAAAUUAUUGAAAAGAAAAAUGCCCAUCAGAGAAUGAAACACAGUACUUGAGGAUACAGUACUGAUGAAAACUCUGUCACAUCUAGCUUGCAAUUGCAGGAUAUCGGUUGAAAGUAAAACUGCUCACCACAGAAAGGUUAAAAGAAUACUCGAAAGUUGUUAAUAUUGUGAGUGACACUAUGUCAGAUAUGCACUCCGCAAGGUAUUGAUAUCGAUACACGUGAUCACAAAACGAAUGGCAGGGUGGUCGCUAUAUGCCUGUAUUUGAACACUGAUAAGAACACUUUAGAAUGGUAUUGACUAUAAUUGUCAUCAUGAUCGAUGGCAGACCUUUGACAAUCAAUUGAAUGAAAACUCUCUUUCUGGCAGCCCCCCCCCCCCCACCUCCUUCUUUGAUUUUCAAAGAGUUCGGGGAAUUCAUGCAGAGAAUUGAGAAACAAAUGGCUUGGUAUAAAUUGGAAAUGAAUUAUCAAACAAUUGCAUCAUUAUGAUUUUCUGUUUUUCUUUUGCUUCGAUCCUUCAUGACUCAAAUUGAUUAUCUAUCUGAAUAGAUAUUCACUGAAAGGAAAGGAGGGAAUACACUUCGACCGUAGAUUGACACUUAAAUGUGUUUAUUCGGAAAUACAAGAGGUGUUCACGGUAGUGCGAAGUAUAGUAUUCAGCAUUUGUAAACUAAUGAAAUUGCCCACUGUUUGACCAUUUGUGCCACACUUGUAGCGAGGUAUGCAUGUUAUCUGCAAUGGAACUGUGAGUAAAUGACAUUAUAAUUGUUGACUUAAGAUUAAACGCACGUUUGUCAACCCUAACGUCAUAUUGACUGACCCUUUGAGUGUAUUCGAUUCUUUAUUUUCGAUGAAUUUAAUAAGAUUCGAUUUUCACUUCAUGAAAUUGAGGGGCUGAGCAAGGAAGAUUGACGUAUUUAGAUAGCGGCAUGAGUGCAAGACAUUACGACUCGGUAUGUAUUCGUUCAAAAUUCCGUUUGGGGUUGGGGGUGGGGGGCGACUUUGCAUUGUGUUGAAUAAAAGUAUCUCAUUUAUAGCGAGGCCAUUCGAUAUGUUCAAUGAAUUAUAUAUCUUAUUUUGCGCGGUCGAGUAGCAAACGAGCAAGAACAAAUGCAUGUCUUGUAAUUCGGAACUUAAGAACUUCUUCUUCUUCUGUUCUUCUACAAUUAUGUUUGAUAUACCCCGUCCCCACAGCACCAAACCUAAUUUGAAUUGGUAUCCACGCUGUAUAUAUCUGGUAAUUUGUGUUCUAUUCUGUAAUUUGUGUUCUAUCCUAGAUGUAAUCUUCAUCCGUUUUGAUACGAUGAGGGCAAGGCCGGCAAGAGCCCAAAUGUUAAUCAAUCACUAAAUACUUAAAUGUUUGAAGUAGGCAAAAUAAAAUAAAUGGUGCAAUCAUAUUUUUUGGGGGAAAGAUUCACUUCUGUUCUUGUUUAUUUUCCCAAUUUUUUAAAAAUAAUAUAAAGUAUUAUGAAGGUGCAUGUAUAUUACUAACAAAAAGUCAAAAUACAUAUAUAAUCAUAUCAUAAUACAAAUCAAUUAAAUAAUUAUACAUUUACAAAAACACAUAGUUGACAAAUCAUUUCAAAGGUGAAAAUGCAGGAGACCGACAUCUUAAGCAUUAGUUCCAGUUCAUUUCCAGUUAUGAUUACGAAUGCUAUUUGAUAUAUAUAUUUAAGAAUGGGCGAGUUUUUAAAUAUUUAUUUUUUAGUUUGUAUAUUGAUAUAGUAGUCAACAACAUUGUGUAAAUUUAAACAUAUUUGUAUUUGUUUGCAUGUAUAACAAAAUAUCAGCCAAUCAACACGGGUAUCUUAAAGCCAUUCAUUUUUAAAAUCUAUAAAUAAGGUCCUAAGUAUGGUAAAUUAAAAAAAACGAUUAAGCACUAAUUCAAAUUCAAUAAUUUAAACAGACUCUGUUAUCAUUGACAUUCGUUUGGGACAUG